UGAUUCAUGACAAAAGAAUCUCAAAAGUCUCUGAAUAGGUCCCCCACCCACACCACCCUUGUUUAACUUUCAACACUUCAUUCUCUCCUUUCUCCUAAAUUUUCCUCGCAACUCACGACGAUGCCCACAACACUAACCCACCUUCUCUUCCUCACCUCCAUCAUCGUCAACUUCUCGGCCACAACACUGUCCGAUAACCCAUGCGCAUACCCGUGUUAUCCGCCUCCCACCGGAACAGGUUCCGGCUCUGGUUCACAACAGACUCCGGCCACACUCACACCACCCUAUGCUCAGUCAGGCUCAUACUCUCCUCCGGGGUACUACCCUACGCCCGCCUCAGGAAAUUUACCAAAUAAUCCUACACCAUCUUAUGGCACUAAUAAUAAUAAUCCCUAUGGUGCCCCUCCUCCACCUGACCCCAUCUUGCCUUAUUUCCCGUUCUACUAUCGGAAACCUCCUCACCAAACUGAUCAAUCAUCAUCAGCACCGGACGCUGCAGCAUUUCUUGGGAAAUCAACAGUUGCUAUAAGUCUAGUUCUUGCCUUUUAUCUUUCAGUUUUUGCCGUUCGUUUAAAUUAGCGACUGGGAAUUUGUUCUCAAGAGUUACAGAAAAUGGGUCUGUGUUCAAAUGGUGGUGGUUACACAAAGAUAGAAAGACAAGGAACCAGAAAUUAAGAUGAAUGGCCCAAGAACGUGACUCUUCCUCUGUCGUUUUGGUUAGAGUUAAUACGUGUUUUCGUUUAUUUAUUUGAGUGGUACGCGUCACCUAUUUUGGAUGAGCAAGUGGGAAGUUUUCUUUUAAUUAUGUUGGACAGCUACUAUAUUCAAUUACUUCUACAAUAUCUGUUGAUUAAA